CCUCGGGAAGGGCUAAUCUGAGCCUCCCGUACGCGGUCAGGGAUUCCAAAUCUGGGGUCAGGGAUUCCAGAUUUGCCCUAGGGUCUAGAUCCGCACCAGGACGCAGCCCGCCCGGCUGGAAUUGCCACCAUUCGUCCAAGGGACAGCCUCGCGGGGUGGAAGGGAAGGGGGACCCUGCAGAUGGCGAGGGUCCUUCAACAAGACUUCCUGCUCUCCCGUUCUCGUCCCUGGGUUGGCCGUGAGAGGUUCAUCUACUCCUUGGGCCUGCGCGAUGCGGGACGAGAGACGAGGAGGGUGGGCAAGAUGGCGGCCACUACGGCCGGUGUGGGCCGGCUAGAGGAAGAGGCGUUGCGGCGAAAGGAAAGGCUGAAGGCCCUACGGGAGAAAACCGGGCGCAAGGACAAGGAAGACGGGGAGCCAAAGACCAAGCAGCUCAGAGAAGGGGAGGAGGAAGGCGAGAAGCACAGGGAACUCAGGCUGCGGAACUAUGUCCCAGAGGAUGAAGACCUGAAGAGGAGGAGGGUGCCCCAGGCCAAACCAGUCGCAGUGGAAGAGAAGGUCAAGGAGCAGCUGGAGGCCGCUAAGCCAGAGCCUGUCAUUGAGGAAGUGGACCUGGCUAACCUUGCACCCCGGAAGCCUGAUUGGGACCUCAAGAGAGAUGUAGCCAAGAAGCUGGAGAAGUUAGAAAAGCGGACCCAGAGAGCCAUUGCCGAGCUGAUCCGUGAGAGACUGAAAGGCCAGGAAGACAGCCUGGCCUCUGCAGUGGAUGCCAACACCGAACAAGAGGCCUGUGACUCCGACUGAGGCAUGCCCUGUCCCCUCACCUGCCUGUCAGACCUGUCCUAUAAGACAAUGGUCUUGGGCAAGGGUGGGGGCUGGGCUUGCGAUCGCUUCUAGUUUGGCUUCAGAGCAGUGACUCCCUGCCCCAUCAGUCUGAAAUCCCCCCACCCCCAUGGGAUGAGGUCAGCUCCUUGUCUCCUGAGUGGUCCCCACCACCCUGAGUGGGGACAGAGCCAGCAGCAACUCUGUGGGCUUGCUGUGUCUGCACAUAUGCAUGUGUUUUGAACUUUUUUUUUGUCUCUGGAAAUAGAAACAAGCAGACCCCUGUGUGUGGUAGAAACCUA